AUGGCCUCACCAAACGAUGCGGACAACGCACCCACCCCUCCAUCAGUGAUCCCCCUGAUUAUCGACGGCAAAGAGGAAUUCACCCCUUCUACUUUUGAUGUGAUCAGUCCUUAUACCAAUGAGCCCUGCUGGGUAACAUCCAGUGCCACUCCCCAGGACGCCAUCCGCGCCGUUGAGGCCGCCGAAGCAGCGUUCCCCGCAUGGUCGCAGACAAAGCCCACUGUUCGCAGGGAUAUUCUGCUCAAGGCAGCGGAUAUUUUAGAGACUCGCUUAGUCCAGAAUGCGGAGUACAUGCGCACCGAGAUGGGCGCGGAUGUCGGCGCAUCGCAAUUCUUUAUCGCUCCGCUGGGUAUUCGUAUGCUAAGGGAAGUUGCGGGACGCAUCACUUCGAUUUGCGGAAGUGUUCCUGUUGUUGAAGAGGAGGGCCAGAGUGCGAUUGUCUACAAGGAGCCUAUGGGCGUGAUUCUCGGAAUUGUACCAUGGAAUGCGCCGUAUGUCUUUGGGAUUCGAUCUGCGGCGUGCGCACUCGCUGCUGGCAACACUACUGUCUUGAAAUCUUCCGAACUCUCCCCUUGUUCAUACUGGGCGAUUGCUCGCGCCUUCGUUGAUGCUGGGUUGCCCGCAGGCUGCUUCAACCUCAUCUCGUGCCGUCCUCAAGAUGCCGCUGAAGUUGUCAACGCGAUGAUUGAGCAUCCGGCUGUGCGCAAAAUCAACUUCACCGGCAGUACGGCGGUGGGAAGGAAGAUUGCCCGAGCCUGUGGUCAAAAUCUGAAGCCUUGUUUGAUGGAGUUGGGAGGAAAGAACAGCGCCAUUGUCUGUGAGGAUGCGAAUAUCGAGACCGCGGUCAAGGCGGUGCUGGCCGGCGCCUUCUUGAAUUCUGGCCAAAUUUGCAUGUCCACAGACAGAAUUCUGGUCCACUCGUCCAUUGCGCCGACCUUCAUGGAUGCGUUGAAAAAAGCUCUUGACUCGAACCUCGAUCCUUCAGCUCCUCCCCCCACCUUGGUGAACGUUGCCUCAAAAGCGCGCGUGGGAAAUCUGAUUGAUAAAGCCCUCGCGUCCGGCGCUCACAUGAUUCACGGUUCGGUUGAGAAGACAGUCGGGGUAUCAGGAGUGCGCAUGGCACCAGUACUUCUGGGCGGGGUGAAGGAAGACAUGGAGAUAUGGCAGGAGGAGGCGUUCGCCUCUGUCGCAUCAUGUAUGGUCGUCAACAGCGACGAGGAAGCUAUUCGGAUCGCCAAUGGCAGUGGAUAUGGACUGUCCGCGGCGGUGUUCACUGAGAACCUGAGAAGGGGACUUGCGAUCGCCAAGAAGAUUCAAUCAGGUAUGACGGUCCAUGACGAGCCCGUUCUCCCACAUGGUGGAGUUAGGAACAGUGGAUGGGGCCGAUUCAAUGCUGCUCAGGGACUUGAGGAAUUCCUCGUUACCAAGAGCGUGACAUGGAUGGAUUGA